AUGACACAUUUUAAAAAUGAGGCCAAUUCUUGGAAUAGGGGAAAGGAAUUGCUAAGAAAAAGUGGGCGUGAACGGGGGGAAACUAUUCCUGAAGUGUUUCAAAGAUCACAAUGCUUUUCACACACAAAGUACAGUUUUCUUGCAGUAAUGCGACAAUAUUCACAUGUAGUAUGUACGUUAUUAUUACGACAAGGAAGUGUGAAACAUGAUCGAACUACUAAUAAGAUCAAUCAACAGAUAAUUGAUUAUCCUAGGAAAAACAUAAAACUACUAAUCGCCAAACUUUCUUACCGUUAUUCUCAAUGUUGUCUUCUUGGAAAAACGGAACUUAUAUAA